AUGGCCAUUUUGCACUUCAUCUUGCAGACGUUCCUACUAUGUUCCGUUAUAUAUGAAACCUUCGGAGUGAUGUCAUUUAACGAUAUGAAAAGGGACAUAUUUAUGAAAAUACCUCUCAAUGACAGGAAAGCUAUCUUCUUGCAGAGAGUUCCUGUAGAUUUUAACAAAGACGGCUAUGUUGAUAAUUAUGAAGUAGAACGAUUACUUGGACAAUAUUGGACACCAGAGGACAUUGACUUCUUUCUCAGUCAUUGUGAAGCAAUUGGUGAAGACGAAGGCAUAUCUGUACAUGAGUUUUAUAUGUCUAUCAAAGUAUUUUCCGGAUUCUUCAGACCAUGUGGCGAAGGCAGUUUAUGUCCAGUCAAAGUAACACCAAAAGUAACAAAAAAGGUAACACCAAAAGUGAAGAAAGAAUUAUAA